UGUGUGUGGAGGGGGGGGGGGGGGGCAUUUGUGAGUGUGUGUGUGCAUGCUCUGUUUAUUAGUAUCCAUGACAGAGCCUGUUAAUGCAAUACACCUCCUCACAGCCAUGGUUGGGAAAGAGGCGUCUGAGGAUAGAGCUCUGCCCUGGAUAGUGCACCUUCUCCUGGAUACUGAGCUAAUCUGCACUGGGGUCCUUGUCCAGGCCCUCUGGGUCCCAGCCCCUGGUCGCUGCACCGCUGGCUUAGACACAGAGUCCGUGGCUAAGCUGGCCAUGGAAACCACCGGAGCCCAAAAGCAGGGAAGCCUGGUUGCCAGGGUGGUGAUUCUACACCCAACUGACCCAAGAUACAAUGCCUCCUCUUGGGGCUGUAAUGCUGCUCUGCUCCAGCUUGCCUCUCCCCUGCCUCUCUAUGAGCAUGCUCAGAUCAUGUGCCUGCAAGAGCAUCAUGGGAGCCAGGACAGGUUACCUGCCCAGGUGUGCAUCGUCUCAGGGUGGAUUCUACUAGAAAUGGGCUUACGGUGCAGCCCUGGUGUGCCAGAGGGCGGCCUCUGGGUGGCUUUUGCUGGGGCUUUUGAGCGGUGUGGCAUAUGUGGAAGCAGCCCUGGGAGAAACAUUUGGAAGCCCCAACACGCCAGCUGCAGCUGGGUUCACCUCUCUGGCUGCACUCAGAAACCAGAUAGAGGACCAGCUCAGAGGCCGAGGCCACCAGGGGGAGUAUGGAGCUGGGGAACAACGACACAUGCCACAGACGGAACAUAA